AUGGAGAAUUUGAUAUCCCUGGUGAACAAGCUCCAGAGGGCGUGUACUGCCCUGGGUGAUCACGGCGAGGAGAGCGCGCUGCCGACCCUGUGGGAUUCGCUGCCUGCUAUUGCUGUCGUCGGAGGGCAGGUGGGUGUCCGGAAUUUUCCCACUCAGCCUUCUGCUUUAUUUCCUCCUUCUCUGGUCAGAUCCGGGUCGUUUCUCCAGAUCACUACUGUAUAACUUUGCCUCCUUUCCGCAUCUGUGACGCCGGCUUCUCUAAUCUACUGAACGAAAGUUGGAUUUUCGAACCUUAGUUGCAAUUUUGAUUCGGAUUGCGUAGAUUGCUUACUCGUGGGAAGAUCCGCUUAAUAUUUUCCAACUUUCCAUCGAUUAGCCGUCAAUGGUAUUUUACGAUGGUUGAAAACUGAAAUAUUCCGUCGCCAGGGACCCAAAUUUUCUUUGUAGGAGAUGGCACCGAUAUAUUCAUCGAAGCUAGAUGUUUCAAUUCUCCUUAUUUAAUUUUCUUUUCUCUGUUUUACGUCCAAAAGCUCAUAGACUGGACAAGGGUGGAUGUACUAGCCCCCAUAGGAGGAAGGCUAAGAGAAACAUUUUAAGAAUAUGAUUGAAUAGUAUUUGGAUAGGAAUUUCUGCUUUCCCAAAUAUCCAUUGCAAUUCCCAUAGAGUUGCCUUGAAUCAUUUACUCUUGUGAAAAAGUUCUUUUUUGUAAUUUUCUCACUGGCUCUUAAUAUUAUGUAUUACUCCAAAUUUAUGAUGAACAGUCAUGUUCCGUGGUAAUUGAAUCUUUCAAGCUUUGUCCAUAUGAUGGAGGAAUAUCGAAGGCAUUAUUGACGUGCUGUUGUGGCGAAAAAGCUUCAGAUCUAAAGAAUACCAUAGAGUGUAGCAGAAACUAAAUAUGCUUAACAUGGCUUGUCAGCAAUUUAAUCAGAAAUAAAUAGACUAAUGCCCAGAAGUUUGAAUUUUCUCAAAAAAGCUAAAAACUUCGUGCAAAUCUGGCCUAUUUCCUAACAUAAUAAAUCCCUACGACUCUCAGAUGCUUCAUAUAAUUGGAUCAGCCCUUAGACGUCUGAAUUAAGUCUACAGUUUCACUUAUCUUCAGGUGUGUAUCGUUCAUUUAUCAUCUUGAUGGAUUAGGACCUGCAAACCUUUUCUGGGUUGAAUCCUAAUCUCAUUCGUAUUCUCAUCCUAUUGGUGCACAUCGACUUUCAUUUUGAUGUACAAAAGCGUACUGUCUUAUGGUGUUUUAAAUGUUUAAUAGAGCUCGGGUAAAUCAUCAGUGCUGGAGAGCAUUGUUGGAAAGGAUUUCUUGCCCCGGGGAUCUGGUGAGUUACAAUACCCCAAUCAUUUUUUUAUAAAAUUACCUCCCUCUGACCUGUUUGUUUUCAGUGUCACGUUUAUGAAAAUGGCAUUGCUAUUGAUUCACAGGAAUUGUCACUCGACGUCCCCUUGUGUUGCAACUUCACAAGAUUGAUGACGGGAGGGAAUAUGCUGAGUUCCUUCAUCUUCCAAGAAAGCGCUUCACCGAUUUUGGUAAUCAUAUUUUAAAAUCUCAGAAACAGCACGAUUUUUUUUUUAGGAUUAGCUUUCGUACAGUUUUCAGCAUUAUAGUGGAAUAGCUUUUAAGUCGUAUGAAAUAUUGCAUGGAAUCGGCGUUUUAAGGUGGUGUGAUAAUGAUUUCUUGCCUCCAUGGCUCGCCUUCACUUUUCUUUUUUCACGCACUUUGAACCAAUUUUUUUUCCUGUGUUUGCCGUAUAGCUUUUCCUCCAUAUAUCUGCAAACUCAUGUCCUUAGAUGCCAAACUCAGAGUUAUCAACAUGAUCAAUGGUUGCCAUUGGUGGUUUGCUUCUGAAAGGAGCCUUUGGCUGCGGCAUAGCAUGUUUGUCAUUGAACAUUGUUUAAUCGCAUGCGGGUGAGAUUAUAACUUUUAGCAUGUGUUGUCGGCAUUCAUGCAGCUCAAGUGAGGAAGGAGAUUUCUGAUGAGACCGAUCGUGAGACAGGUCGGAGCAAGCAGAUCUCUAGUGUGCCAAUCCAUCUUAGUAUAUACUCUCCUAAUGGUAAGUUAGAAGGGUCCGCUUUGCUACUGUUCUUAUUAUUAUCAUCGUUGUCAUUUCUAAAAUAUGAAUAUUUGUGUUGGGAAUUUCGGAUUGCAUGUUUGAGGUGAUACUUCCAUUUAUGUAUGAAUAGGUGAAUUGGAGAUGGUUAUCUUCAUAAUGUGCUUUUUGAUUAAAUGUUUUGAUCUGAGAUGGAUAUUCACGGAAGUUAUCCUCCUGAAUUAAAUUGCCAGUCCGGUCUUCUUAUGCAUUGUGCUAACUAUCAUUCCGUCGCUUAUUACCAUUUGAUAUUCAAAAGGACCAUGCUUCAUAUGUUUCAAGCCUUUAAAUUAUUAGGCAUUUUUUUUUAUCAAUGAUUAGACUAAAAAAACAGGGUUCCUUCUAUAUUCGCUCGUUUACUAGAUUCUCAUGAGAAAUGAAAGUGAAGAAACUUUUUGUUGCAUUGCAGUUCCCAACGUCUCUUCUUCCCUGCUUUUUUUACCUCUUUAAUGAUCACAGUGAUUCUCUCAACCGAUGGUUUCUGGCAUCCAAUGAUUUGAAUAUCGUUUAUCUCUCUUCCCAUAUUUCCCUCAAGAAAUUCAUUUUUCGUUUAUGCCCUUCAUCAAGAUUUUCAAUCCCAGAAAAAAGGCAGGCAGAGAUAUAGAGUCAUAAGCCUAAGAAAUGAUAUCUUUCCUUGUGGAGAUUUUUCUGUGUGACUGAUGUUUGAGAUAGUUGUUAAAUUAAUGUGUUGGAACUCUAUUCUUCAAAGGAUACGAUAUUUUCAUUCUCAUUAAUUAUAACUCAACUGUCGUUUGAUUGGUAAAUCUGGCCUUCGCUACACGAUUCACUUCUUGGUUUAUGCAUUGAAUUCCAAUUCGACCCUAUCAAAAUUAUGAUUUUGGCUAUAAAUUUAGCUAUAAUUUUGGAAACCGCUUGGGUUACAAGAUAAGUAUUUAGUGCGUUUGAUUUUUACCAUAUCCAUGUUUGAAUUUGUGUUAUGCAUCCUAGGUUUAUGAGAGCUUAUUCUGAUUCUUUGCUUUGAACUUUGAUCUCAACAGUUGUAAAUCUGACACUUAUUGACCUUCCUGGGCUUACAAAGGUUGCUGUUGGUAUGUUCUCAAUGUUGUAAAUCUAUUCUUCUUUGCCAUGUUUUGUCUAUUUCCUCAGUUUUGAUUUUUUUAUGUAAUUGUGAAUGUAGAAGGACAACCGGAUAGCAUUGUUGCAGAUAUAGAGAAUAUGGUUCGCUCAUUUAUUGAAAAGGUAAGACAUCGGUGCUAGAUAUGUCAUCCAUUAGCUCUCCAGCUGUCUAGUACCGUCAUAUUAUUCCAUGUUUUGCAAAAAGAAAUAAAGAAGAACUGGAACUCCUUCCCGCUAUGACAAAAGGAGAGAGAAGGACCUGCAGCAUAGAAUAUGGUUCAAUUUGGUGGAGUUUGUGUCCCUAAUUUCUCUCUCCCCAACCCCUCCCCCCCCCUUUGGGGCAGCGGGCGGGGGAGACUCUGGAAACUUAAAAGGAAAAAUUAAAAGGGGGAAAAAGGAAUUAGGUCUUUUACGGCCCUGUAGUUGCCACAGAAAGAGCCUGAUAGGAAGAAGAAAGGAGAACAAGUGGAUGAAGAGAAGGCUCUCUUUGGAGGAGAGACAGGAACAGGCAACUGGAGCUAACGGCAAAGCAAAGAAAACAAAAAUAAUGAAUCCCCACUGGUAACCUACUUUUGCUAACCAGUGGUUCCUCUUAUUCCUCACCAACCAACCUGUAUUGAUAUUUUUAUAAACUUAUUUAUAAGCCUAGUCUUAUGAAUUACUCAUAUAUCCUCUUCUUCUAUAUUUUUUUAACCCAAAUCAGGCAUUUAUUUUCUCUUGGAUGUGCCUAUUCAGCUGAACCUAUCUGAUCAGUAUGAGAAUCUGAUACUGGUGAUCUGAGGCCUGAUACUAAUUCUAUCAUCCUUUGGGGAUGCCCUUUCAUGUUCGGUUAGAAAACUACGUUAACUGAGAUAGCUUAUAGCGAUGUUUUCCUCUUUCUUCUAGUGAGUUUGAUUAUCGGUGCAAAUGGCUUUCCUGGACUGAAAGAGUCGGUAAACUUGAUUGAUUUUAUGUCCAAAAUGUUUUUAUAAAAUGAUUCUUGCGCAGAUGGUUUUUUUCAGCCUUUCCUCUUGAUAAAUAACUUCACUGCUGUAAAUGCUUCAAAAAUUAUUUUUACAUGAUGUUAUGUCACGAAAUUUCAUUUUAUUUUCUUGUCAUAUCUUGUUUUUCACUUUUAUCUAAGCGAACAAGCCAGGGAACAGAUGGGAACUUGCAUGCAAGUCUGACUGAUGCUUACAAUUUUCUUUAUAAUUUUUUUUAACUUUUCUACCCCUUCAACAUGCAGCCGAAUUGCAUUAUUCUUGCUAUUUCACCUGCUAAUCAGGAUCUUGCUACAUCAGAUGCCAUUAAGAUUUCCCGUGAGGUUGACCCUAAAGGUGUGAUUCCCUGGCUUUCUCAUUUCCUGGCAGAAAUUCUGUUUCCAGAAACUUGUUAUUCUAGUUCUGUACCCAGUGUGCACCGUAUUUCUUAUAAUGUCAUUCAUGGCAGAAAUUGUAAAAUGUUACAUUUUAUUUCUCGAUUUCCUUUUAAAAUGACAUCGGUAGGGAUAUCAUGCUUGCAAUUUUAAAUUUGGAGGGUAAAUUAUUUGUUGAUAAAAUGAUUCGUUAUUGUUCUUUCCCUUUGGUAAAUCGUGUGAUAGAAUUAUAUGGGUUUAUUUAUUUAUAAUAUAAAGGUAUUUGAAAGAAAAAGUUCUACAUCUGUGUUGUGGUAUCGCCUAAACAAUUUACAUGGAUGAAUCAAAGCGCGUUUCUGUCAUAAAGUAGCAUAAUGCAAAACAGGGACGUUACAUAGUGCAAAAGCCCAUCUUAAUGUAAUCCCGUGGUGAAGAAAGAUGGUAGAUCAAGCUGUGGUUUAUAUCACCAUAAAUCUCAACCACUUCUUUGACAUGGAGGAUGUUCUGCACUUCUUAAUGCAACGCGUUAAUUGUAAUUGGCGAUGCACUCCUAAGCAAAUGUCAUUAACUGUUUUUUAAGCUUCCCUUUUGAAUUUCCUUAUGUUUCUCCAAUCUGGCUCCCUCAUCAACAAAUUGUCCACUAGAAUUAAAGACUCCCUCUCGCUCUCUCUCUCUCCUCGGUCUCUCACAGAGCAAAAGACACAAGUCAUCGUAUGGUUGAUACCUCAAGACUUGGGCUGCCUUUAAAACAAUGGUAUUUCCUCCCAUUAGGAAAGUAUAUGUAGUCAAUCAUAAACCUGGUACAAAUUUCGUGUCAAAGUUGUCUAGACAAGGUCAGUCAUGUUUGGCUGUUCCAUUGAGACUCAGAAAAUAAAAUAAAAUAAAAUAAUUUAUUGUGCUGACUUGGUUACUAUUUGGAUAUACUCAGUCAGACUUAUGUUUAAUUUACAUGCUUUCAUUGAAAAACUAACUUCAAAAACAGUUGAGAUAGAAGACCGUCUGAGCUAGAUUGAUUUGUAACAAUUGUGUGUGUUCUUUAUCCGCCAGGUAGAGUGGAAAAAAUAUUUUAUGUGAUUCAUCAAUGUAGUUUCAUGAUCUAACUUUUCUGCAGGGGAGAGGACAUUUGGAGUUCUGACAAAGAUUGAUCUUAUGGAUAAGGGUACUGACGCCGUUGAUGUGAGUCUAUCAUCAUUAUAUUGAUCCAAUAUACUGUGCUCAUCCCGAAGUUUCUCCAUUUUUUUCAUUUGCAGCAGGCCUGAUGCUUGGUUCUGUCUUUACCUAUUCGAAUCACUGCUCUUGUGUUUUCAAUCUUGUGACUGAAAACAAAUCUAAAAGUGGCCGUGUUGUAUUGAUCGCACGCCCUAUUAUUCUUACACGCCAUCUUAUAUUUUGGCUCGAAUUCACCUCGAAUAUUAUGAUCUCUAAAUCAAUUUACACGAUUCUCUCUGAUUCUUCUGCCUGUAGUUCUUUCUGGCAGAGGUUAUCUCUUUCUUGUCACUAUUAUGAGCUUUUGUACCCUUCAUCUGGUUUCGUUGGAACCAAGAGAUAUCAUAAUAGCAUCACUAUUUUUUUUCACUCCCCUUCCCUCUAUUCUCAACCUCCUGUUUGUUGACCCCGUGUUAUUUUCCAGAGAAACUGUGGAUGGGAUCAGUCCCUGUCUAAUGUACUGUGAAAAAAUGUAGCGACCAUGUAGCGGCUGCCAUAAUUGUUCUUGUACCUUGAAGGAUUCAGUUCAUUGGCAGAUGCUGAUUGGAAAAUUUCAGUAAUCCAUGUGGCAGCCAUGAAAAAAUUCUUUUGAUAUCGAAUGAUUCAAUCAUUUGCUCAUCUGUCAUCGUGAGAAAGUUGUGAAUGUCUCUGUUAAUCUUGCUUUAAUCGGAUCAUGCAUUUGAUGAUUUCUGCUCCUUGAAAAAUAACGCGGCAUUGGUAUGAUAUAUAUUCCUUCCAAAAUUUGAGUAAAUGAUUAUUAUUUUAUGCUCAUCAGACGAAUGCAGUCACAGUUUUAAUGGACACGGCUUGAUAAUUCAUCAUUUCGUAGAUACUGGAGGGGAAAUCAUACCGGCUCCAGUACCCAUGGAUCGGUGUCGUCAAUCGUUCUCAAGCUGAUAUCAACAAGAAUGUGGAUAUGAUCGCUGCUCGCCGUAGAGAGCGCGACUAUUUCUCAACCACCCCGGAGUACAAGCAUCUUGCUCAUCGAAUGGGUUCCGAACACUUGGCAAAGAUGCUCUCAAAGGUGGAUCGAAUGAUUCUUCCCUGUUGUCUAAUCACAUUCACUUUCGAAUCGAAGAUUUAACCGUUUUUCCAUUCCUUAUGUAGCAUCUGGAAACAGUGAUCAAGUCAAGGAUACCCAGUCUUCAGUCGCUCAUCAGUAAAAGCAUCCAUGAAUUGGAAACAGAACUCAACCGUCUUGGGAAGCCCGUUGCCACAGAUGCUGGUGUAAGCCUCGUUUCAUUUCGUCAGCCACUACUUGGAAGAAAACAAGCAUUGGAAUGGGCCCGGUGCAUUUUUUAUUAAUAAUCCUCCAGUUCGCGUUGACUAUUUCGCCUUUGACAAUUUUUAUUUUUAUUUUCCGGUUAUACCCUUUAUGCAUAAUUACUUUUUUUUAUUAAAACGCUUGGACAUCAAAUGGAUGGAGGUGGUGUAUCGAUCUAGGUUCACACUUAGAAACCUAAGAAAUCCACGGGCCUUCAUUAUUUUGCGGAAAUCUCUGAUAAUGUGGGUUCUGUAGGGUGCUGAUUAUUGCUCACAAGGUUCGUCAUGGAUGCAGGGAAAACUCUACAUGAUCAUGGAGAUUUGUCGGAUCUUCGACCAGAAUUUCAAAGAACAUCUGGACGGCGUGUACGUAUUCUGCCUCACUUAUUCCAUUAAAAGGAUUAGAGAUCGGAGGAUAUAUGUUGAUGUUCUUCCCAUUUCUUCGGCUUACCAUGCAUUAUCUCCACCAUCUCUUGGGUGAUCUUGUUGGGCUGCUUUCUCCUGACAAUUUUGUUCGUUGCAGGCGUUCUGGUGGUGACAAGGUCAACAAUGUCUUUGACAACCAGCUCCCCAUGGCUCUGAAGAGAUUGCAGUUCGACAAGCAGCUUUCCAUGGAGAACGUAAGAAAGCUGAUAACCGAGGCCGACGGAUAUCAGCCCCACCUUAUCGCCCCCGAGCAAGGAUACCGCCGCCUGAUCGAGUCUUCCCUGGUCAGCAUCCGCGGCCCCGCUGAGGCCUCCGUUGAUGCGGUAAGACGACCCCUCCUCCCCAUAGAAAUCAUCCCACUGUUGAUCAAGCACCUAGCGACCUGAAAACAUAAAUGUAGAGGAUCCAAUGAAUAAUCUUAGUUAGCUUUUACCCAAUUUGAAUAAUCUCUUACGGAAUUAUGCUGUUCAGGUUCAUUCCAUAUUGAAGGAGCUGGUCCACAAGGCCGUGAAUGAGACCUCUGUAAGUCCCAUCUUCUAGAGAGAGAGAGAGAGAGAGACAGAGUGAGAGAGAGAGGGGCCAUGUUUAUGUGAUCGUGAUGUGUGUUGGUUUCCGGGAACAGGAGCUGAAGCAGUACCCGACGCUGAGAGUAGAGGUGGGGAACGCGGCGUACGACUCGCUGGAGAGGAUGAGGGAAGAGAGCAAGAAAUCGACGCUGAAGCUGGUCGACAUGGAGUGCAGCUACCUGACCGUUGACUUCUUCCGGAAGCUCCCCCAGGACGUGGAGAAGGGCGGUAACCCCACCCACUCUAUCUUCGACCGCUACAACGACACGUACCUUCGGAGGAUAGGUCGACGUUCCUCCCUUUCUUUCUAUUAGUAGCAGUAGAAACGACCCUCUGUCCCCUCCCCUUCUGAAAUGACCCUCCUUCCUCCCCACGCGCGCAGGUUCCACCGUGCUCUCCUACGUCAACAUGGUCUGCGCCACCCUCCGCGACUCCAUCCCCAAGUCCAUCGCCUACUGCCAGGUCCGCGAGGCCAAGAGGAGCCUCCUCGACCACUUCUUUGCCGAACUCGGAAAGAAGGAGGUGAGUUGAACCCCUUCCGCCCCCCGCCCCUCCGCCCCACCCUACCCCCCACUCUCUCUGUCCAGAGCUCUGAUAAGAAUGGAUGUGGGGUUUACGUGGGUGGCAGACGAAGCAGCUGUCGGCGCUGUUGGACGAGGAUCCGGCGAUCAUGGAGCGGCGGAUCUCGCUGGCCAAGAGGCUGGAGCUGUACAGGAGCGCCCAGGCGGACAUCGACGCCGUGGCCUGGUCCAAGUAG